AUGGCUCAAGCUGACAAGCUAAGUGAACAGCAAAUCAUCGAGUACAGAGAAGCCUUUAGUGUGUACGACAAGGACGGUGAUGGUAUCAUCGCCAUCAAGGAGCUGUUCAAAGUGAUGUGGUCUCUGGGACAGAACCCGACUGAGAGUGAGAUGGAGAAGAUUUUACAAGACGUGGAUCCUGAUAGCGAAGGGUCCAUUGAUUUUGCAGACUUCCUUGCUGUCAUGGCAAAGCGACAAAAAGACACGGAGCAGGAAGAGGAGUUGAGAGCCGCCUUUAGAGCCUUUGAUAUGGACCAUAAUGGCACAAUUGACACAAAGGAGCUGAGAAGUGUCAUGACAGACCUUUGUGAUGACAUCACCAAUGAAGACAUAGACGAGAUGUUUUACCACUUUGACAAAGAUGGCGACGGCAUGAUAUCGUAUGAAGAGUUCAUUAGUGUAGUCAUGGCGGCGGAGAAGGAGAAGGAUGGACAGCCUUAAUGAGCUCGGACCGCAUCAACGCAAGAUGUACAGUAGCAGUAACAAUCAACAAUCAUCAGGCAAUAACUUACAUUCACGGUCUUACCAAUACGCUCAUUAGGAAUAUACACACGGGUGCAGACUGACACU